CUCAGUCAAUGCCGCAAAAUUCUCAUGGCCAUCUCCAGCCGCAGCAGAAUGCUGUGUUGGCUCAUGGCAUGCAACCCCAGCAGUUUCAAAGUUAUGUAGGAAGACCUGUGAUGCCAAAUCAGGGAAUGCAGUCACAGGCCUUUCCACAGGACAGGCCCAUGCAGCUUAGUUCAAAUCAAGCUUUAGUGAAUCAGAAUUUUGCAAACAGGCCCAACAACCAACAGCAAUCGUCUGCAAUGCCCGAGAGGCAAGGUGAUCAUAUAUCCGAGAGAAGUGUAGCUAUGAGAAUUGGAACAUCAUCUCAGAAGACUGCCGAAAAGGAUGCAAAUGGUCCUGGAGCUGGUUUGGUUGAAGUAAAGGCUGUGAAACCUGAAGCAGACAUGAAUAGUGAACAGAAACCCAUAGUUGAAGGUGAAGGUAAAUCUAUGCAAGGCGAAACAUCUGCCAAAGAUGCAGACUCUGUUGUUCAUGCAGUGAAAGAUGGCUCAGGUGAGCUUGUAAACAAGCAAAUAGUGAAGGAAGAGGGCACUGAGAAUACAUUGGGGCCUUCAUGUGGGGGCAAAUUGGCUGAAAUUGUGUCUUUGGAGGGGAAAGACGGCCCGAAUGUUGCAUGUAAAGCAGAUGUCCCCUUGGUAGAUGGUCCUUCAUUGCGGCAAGCAGAAUCUCUCGAGGGACAGAAGGUGACAUUGUCGGAAAAUGCUGCAAAUGUGAGCUUGAAGGCCACUGCUGGUUCUGACAAGGGUACAGUAGCAGUUCCUGCUUCCAAAACUGAUGCUUCAGUUCAGAAUACUAUUUCCCAGGGCAAUUCACAGGCUACUCAUAUCGCUAGAGAUCCUAUGCAACAUGGUUAUCAGGAAAGAAAUUUGAGCCAACCCCAGGUUACUCCUCAAGGUUCUGGUAUUGAAGAAUUUGGUGGCUUACAGGGGAAGGGAUUUGUGCACACUUCUCAUCAGUUACCUCCAAUGCCUCAUGGGCCUUCCACUCCUCAUCAGAGACCUGCGGUCCCUUCGAUGUUACCGAUGGCGCCUCCAGGACCCCCACUUCAUGCACAAUUGCCAGGGCAACCACCCGUGCCAUUGAGGCCUCAGGCACCUGGACUUUUGCCUCAGCCUGGACAGUCAUUAAACCCACAGGAGCAUUUCCAGCCACCGGUGCUGAAUCAGUCUCAAGGUCCUUUUCAUUCAGACAUUGCCGUCGGGAGGGGCCCUGGACCUGAUCAUUUUGGUCACUCAUAUAGAACUUAUGAUAUGCAUUCUAGCACUCCUCAAGGGCCAGUACUUAGUGCUGUACAUCCCGGUCCUAUUGCUCCUCAAGUUGGUCUGAUGGGAAGAGCACCACCACAUGGUCCUGAAGGUCAGUUUGGUCUGCAGCGUCCUACCAAUCCAGUGGAUACUAAAAUGCUCCCAAAUCAGAGACCACAUCUCUUCGAUGGCAGACAAUUGGACUCGCAUCCUCCAGGGUCUUUGGAGAGGGGCCCAUUUGGGCAGCUUCCUGGUAAUGAAUCAAAUAUGAGGAGAAUUAAUGGGGCGCCAGGCCUUGAAUCUUUGCGGGAUGAAAGGUUCAACUCCGUGACUGAUGAACGUUUAAAUGCUUUUGCAAUGGAGCCCACUCGACGCUUUGACCAAGGUGAGUUCGAAGAUCUCAGAAAAUUCCCUAGACCUCCUCAUUUGGAGACUGAGCAUGCUCCCAAAUUUGGUAGUGUUUUUUCCUCAUCAAGGCCAAUUAACUCGGGUGCUCAUGCAUUUGGUGUGGAUGCAGUAUCAAGGCCUCUUGACAUGGCACCCCGUGGGUACAAUUAUGAUGCUGGAGAACGAGCAAUGGGAGUUGGUCUUCAUGAUGAUAACCGUGGUUGGAUGGAUUCCACUCAUUCUCAUCCAGAUUUUCUUGGACCAGUUUCUGGAUUUGGUCGGCAUCAAAUGGAGCGGUUGACUCCAAGAAGUCCAGGUAGAGAAUACCCUGGUAUUCCAUCUCGUGGAUUUGGAGGCCGCCCACAUGGCCAAUCAGGUCUUGAUGAUAUUGAUAGCAGGGAACCUCGUUCAUUUGGUGAGGGAUCCAGAUCUUUUAACCCACCUUCAGAUCCAGUCGGCAAUUCGUUUCAUGAAACUAGGUUUCCCACUUUGCCUGGCCGCAUGCGGAAAGGCGAGCUUGAUGGUUCGGGGAAUUUGCGAAUGGAUGAGCAUUUGGCAUUUGGUCCUCAGAACAAUUGGAGGGGUGGAGACUUAAUGGGGCAGGAGAUUCCGCCUAGCCACUUGCGGAGGGGUGAGCUUUUGGGCCCUCGGAAUUUGCAGAGUCAUUCGCAUUUGGGAGAGCCAACUGGCUUUGGGGCUUUUUCUGGUCAUUCACGCAUGGGGGAAUUGGCUGGGCCUGGGAACUUCUCCCAUCAUCCACCUUUCAGUGAGUCAUUCGGAGGCAACCAGUCAAGUCAUCCACGUCUUGGUGAGCCUGGGUUUAGGAGCAGCUACUCCCUCCAGGGAUUUCCGAAUGAGGGUGGACUAUAUGCAGGUGACAUGGAUCCCUUUGAUAAAUCAAGAAAGAGGAAGCCAUGGAGCACAGGAUGGUGUCGUAUCUGUAAAAUUGAUUGUGAAACAGUUGAAGGUCUGGACCUGCAUUCACAGACAAGGGAACACCAGAAGAUGACAAUGGAUAUGGUUAUAAGCAUCAAGCAGCAGAAUUCAAAGAAACAGAAGACUUCUAACAAGCAUUCUGCACUAGAAGAGGCAAGCAAGCCAAGAAAUGCUGGUUUUGAGGGUCGUGGCAAUAAACCUUAAGCUGUGUCGAUAAUUGGGACUCGAGGUGUCAUAGUUGGCUUGGGAUUAUAGUUGUCUCAAGUAUUUUUACGUUUAGUCAAAUAGGUUGCUGCCUUGUUAUUGGAGAGGGUUUUGUGGAACUGAAGUUUCAGUGCAGUUAAGUUUGUUAUGCUUAUGAUUUUGACAUUUUAAUUUUCUAUUCGGAUAGUUUUAUGUCAAAUUAGCAACAUUAUCGGAGGUGUUACUGCACUUUUCAGUUAAUGGAUCGAUUUGUAGUUCUUUGUAUGGAAAAUGUGUUCUUGCCCAUAGAUGAGGAUGUUUUGAUUGUUUUAACAGUUGAAUUGUGUAACAUUCACAUGAGUUGAAUUACCUGUGUCAUAUGGGAUUUAGGCAGAUUGUAACUGCGCUUCUAUCCAUUAGAAAUCUUAGAGAGGAUAUCCUUUGGUAUAAGUAAGGGGGAAAGCUACAUUCCUUAAAAAGUUGCCAUGCAUAUAAAAGUUUAGAUAACUUUAUGUCUAGCCUCGCACUGGUAGUUUUCUUCUGGUAUGGAAACUGUCCAAAGUUGUUUGUUGCUUUUCUCAUCGUGUUCUGAUUUCAGCUCGCUAUUUGAGGAACAGGUUAAUUGCCCAUUUGAAGCUGGAAAUCUUACGUGCCAAUUAGGAUUGCAAGAUGAAUUAUUAACAAGACUCUUAGAUUGUAGUUGAUUAUUCACCCCAAACUUCACUCACCUCUCCCCUUAGUUCUGUCUGCCCCUCCAGCAUGUGAUACCAAAUUGGCCAUGAGCUACAUUUGCACUAGAAAUAUUGGAGAUGAAGAAAAUUAGAAUGGGAAUGAUUGGACCUAAGAAGCACAUACACGGGACAUGGAUACGACACGGACACGUUGACACGAAAUUUUUCAAAAAAGUAGGACACGGGC